AUGGAUUUCCAAGACUUCACAAUUAUUGACAAGAGCUGGAUAGGACUUCCAAGAGACCACGAUGCAUUCAAAGCAGGAGUUCGAAAUUUCAUAGACUAUGCGAGCUGGGAUUUAGAACCCGACCAGAAAAUAUUUUGUCCUUGUAAGGAUUGCAAUAACAAUAAGAGAGAGCUUGUGUCUGUAGUGCACGGACAUAUUCUGUGGAAUGGCUUUAUGCCGGGAUAUGUCGAUUGGGUAUACCAUGGAGAAGGGGAAGACCAGGUGAGGGAAACAACCAAUACUGGAAAUGUGGUGCAGGACGACGAUGAAGAAAUGUCUGAUUUGCUGCAAGAAAUGAACUAUGACGCCUCCAAUUUUUACAAGUUGCUGAACGAUGCGCAGGUGUCACUAUAUCCUGGCUGUGAAAAGUUUUCAAGAUUAUCCUUCAUUGUGCACUUGCUUCAUGUCAAGUCCCUCGGUGGAUUGAACAUCAAGGGGUUUGAUGCGUUGUUGAGUCUCUUGACCAAAGCCUUUCCGGAUGCCAAACUACCAAAGAAUUUUUAUGAUGCUAGAACAACAAUCAAGGGCUUGGGGCUUGGCUACAUUUUGAUCGAUGCUUGCGAGAAUGAUUGUGUUUUGUUCUGGAAAGAGAAUGCAGAUAAAACUUCUUGCCCGGUAUGUCAUGCUUCAAGAUGGAAAACUACUGAAUUGAAUGUGGAUAACGAAUCAAUCAGAAGAACACCAAGAGGUAAAAACAUUCCAGUAAAGCAAUUGCGGUACUUCCCAUUAAAGCCAAGACUUCAGAGGUUAUUUAUGUCUUCAAAGACCGCUUCUUAUAUGCGAUAUCAUGCCAAAAGACGUCCCAAAGAUGGAGUUUUGAGGCAUCCAGUUGAUGCAGAGACAUGGAAGACCUUUGAUAAGAAGCACCCAGAGUUUGCAGCUGAUCCUCGCAAUGUAAGACUUGCAUUAGCAACUGAUGGGAUGAAUCCGUUUGGGAAUAUGUUGCAUCCACAUAGUACAUGGCCAGUUGUUCUCAUCAGUUAUAACUUACCACCGUGGUUGUGUAUGAAAGAGGAAAAUUUUAUCUUGUCUAUGAUAAUUCCUGGACCCAAAUCCCCAGGAAACGACAUCGAUGUGUAUUUGCAACCACUCAUAGAGGAAUUGAAGGAAUUGUGGGAUGAAGGUGUUGAAACUUACGAUAUUUCAAAGAAAGAGAAUUUUAAAUGUCGUGCAGCAUUACUUGGCACCAUCAGUGAUUUCCCUGCACUAGCUAUGCUUUCCGGGUGGAGCACCAAAGGGGAAUUUGCUUGUCCGUGCUGUGGGCCUGACCGAUGUUCAGAACGACUGAGCAAUGGGGGCAAGUAUUGUUACAUGCAUCAUCGUCGAUACUUGCCUGCUGGUCAUCAUUGGCGCCACCAGAAGUCAGCCUUUGAUGGAGAGAAAGAACUUCGAGAACCACCACAUCUGAUGAAUGGGGAUGAAAUUGCUCAACAGCUGGCUCAUUUUCGACAAGUUCAGUUUGGUAAGAACGCCAAACAGACUGGUCUGACAGAAAUAACACCAGUUACUUUUGAACACAACUGGAAAAAAAAGAGCAUAUUUCAUGAGUUGCCGUACUUAAGCUCAAUUAUAUGUUUUCAUAAUGUCGAUGUGAUGCACGUUGAGAAGAAUAUUUGUGAAACUGUAUUGGGCACAGUGAUGAAUGUAGAAGGGAAAACGAAAGACAAUCUUAAGGCCCGGUUGGAUCUGAUGGACUGGGGAUUACGGCCGAGUUACAGUUAUUUGAGACAAGAGGGAGAUAAAAUAGUGGUGCCAACAGCUUCUUUUGUCAUGUCGCCCAAAGAGAAGGAAUCUUUUUGUAGAACUUUGAAGGAUAUUAAGGUUCCCGAUGGAUACUCAUCAAAUAUUUCUCGGUGUGUGAACGUUAAGGAUCGAAAGAUUAUGGGUCUGAAAAGUCAUGACUAUCAUGUAUUAAUGGAAUAUUUAUUUCCUAUUGCCUUACGUGGACACUUGGAUGGGGAUAUAUUGGAAGCACUGAGUGAGUUAUGUAUGUUUUUUAAAGUGUUGUGUACACGGGUUCUCAAGAUAGAGGAUCUGGAUAAACUACAAGAUAGUAUCGCAAUUACUUUGUGCAAGUUGGAAAGAAUAUUCCCCCCAUCUUUUUUUGUUGUGAUGAUGCAUUUGCCCAUUCAUCUAACACAACAAGCAAAGGAUGCAGGUCCAGUUCAGUAUCGGUGGAUGUAUCCGAUCGAGAGGUAUCUGCGUAAGUUGAAGUCUUAUGUGCGGAAUAAAGCUUGCCCCGAAGGAUCGAUGGCUGAAGCAUACCUUAUAGAUGAAUGUAUCACUUUUUGUACGCGUUACUUGAAUAGUGUUGUUACAAAAUUUAAUAAACUUGAAAGGAAUGAGGAUGAUGAGGCGCCACAACCUGAUGAUCGAUUAAUAGUUUUCAAACAAUCCGGUAGGCCCGUUGGAGCUGAAACUUGGGGACAGCUUACGGAGUCAGAGAUGAAACAAAUCCAACUUUAUGCUUUGCUGAAUACCAAAGAAGUGCAGCCAUAUGAGGAGGAACACAAAAGUGAGCUGCAAAGCCGUGGCUUAAGAGACGCCGACGUUAAUAGAAGACACAUCAAAGAGUUUCCUGAUUGGUUUGCAACUAAAAUAUACCAAUUGCAUAAAAAAGGUCAGGUGAGUGAUGAACUAUAUUCGUUGAGUCAAGGUCCUGCUAAAGAAUGUUUGAGUUACAAUGGCUACAUUAUCAAUGGGUUUAGAUUUCAUACAAGAGAGUGGGAGAGUCGACGAAAGUCACAGAAUAGUGGACUGUGUGUCCCUCGGGAAGACGAAGGUGUAGCUGAAGAUGAAAAUGAUUUUUAUGGAGUUGUGAAUAAUAUUAUCGAGGCACGGUAUGUGGGUCAACUCCGAGUUCUUCUUUUCAAAUGCGAUUGGAGACCGAUUGCAGGAACAGAUGAGUUUGGAUUUACUAGUGUCCAUAUGAAUAGAAGAUAUUAUGUGAAUGAACCGUUUAUUUUAGCAUCUCAAGCACAACAGGUUUUCUAUAUCAAUGAUGUAUAUAAUAAACAAAAUGAAGUGGUUAUAAAAACGCAACCUCGUCGGUCUUUCAAUAUUCCAGAAAUAGAUUCGGAUGGGGAGACUGAAACAGAAAGCUCGACUUCUAGUGAGGCAUAUCAAGAAUGGCAUUCAAGCUAUUCGAUAAAAGAUCUUAGAGGAGAGCCACAUCAGGAUCGCAGUGACAGUUUUGUUUGGGAUAGGAACGACGUUCCCCCAGAAACUAUCAGUCGUGCUGCAGCAGCAGUAGCUUGUCGAAGCCAAGAAGAUGAAGAGGAAAAUGACACGGAUGCCGUUUACACCUCUGAUGAUGAGGAUGAGUAUGAAUUUGAUGAUAAUAACAACCGCGAUGAUAUGGAAUUUUAA